AUCGAGAGCUCUCAUUGGCUCCUUUGUCAGCCAAUGAAGCAAGCUCUUGUACGCAUGUCCCGCUAACUCCAUGUGAGUAGUGCCACUAGCUAAAGAAUCAUCAUGCUUCGUCGAGAGGUGAGACUGAGACGAGAGUACUUGUACAGGAAGGCACAGGAGGACAGGCUCCGAACCAUUGAGGAGAAGAAACAGAAGCUGAAGGGCGCACUUGAGGAAAAUCGUCUCCUUCCAACUGAAGUACGCAAAGAUGCCCUGCAGCUGCAGAAUCUACUGGAGUACGACGAUGAAGGGGCAGAAGGUGUCAGCUCACACAUGGAUGAUGAGUAUAAAUGGGCCGGAGUUGAAGAUCCUAAAGUCAUGGUCACGACAUCCAGAGACCCCAGCUCCAGGCUCAAAAUGUUUUCCAAGGAGGUAAAGCUGAUGUUUCCUGGAGCCCAGCGCAUGAACAGAGGAAACCACGAGAUCAAUGCGCUGGUGAGCGCCUGCAAAGCCAACAACGUCACAGACCUCGUCAUCGUGCAUGAGACCAGAGGACAGCCAGAUGGCCUAGUGGUGUGCCAUUUGCCGUUUGGACCCACGGCUUACUUCACCCUGUACAGCGUAGUGAUGAGGCACGAUGUUCCAGACAUAGGCACCAUGUCCGAGGCCUACCCCCACCUAAUCUUUCACAACUUCAGCUCCCGACUCGGCACCAGGGUAUCCAAUAUCCUCAAGUAUCUUUUUCCAGUGCCGAAGGAGGACAGUAGGCGUGUAAUCACAUUCUCCAACCAAGAGGACUUCAUCUCUUUCAGACAUCACACCUACAAGAAAACAGACCACAAGAACAUUGUGCUGACAGAAGUCGGACCCAGGUUUGAAAUGAAAUUGUAUAUGAUCAAACUGGGCACCCUGGAGAACGAGAGCACGGCGGAUGUGGAGUGGCGUCUUCAUGCAUUUACACACACAGCCAAGAAAAGGAGGUUCCUCAGUGUGCAAUAAGAACUAAUAAUGCAAGCUGUGUCAAAAAUGUUUUGCUUUUUGGACUCGUUUUAUAAAAUUCUUAAAAUGUGGAGUUUAUAAAAUGACGUGAGUUUAUUUUACUGGUCUUCCAAAUAUGACCAGAAGAUUAAUCUGAUUUUCGAGGGUUUACUAUCAAACUGCAUCAUGAGUCACAAGUAGAUGGUUAACAAAGACCAAAUGCAUACUGUGCUGUAUUAUAGCUGUCAAAUAAAAUGUGUAUCUUAUGAUCUA